UGGGACAGUAACUUUCUUGUACAGUCCAGAUGAAUAGGUGGUGCAGAGGUGCAUCGUCCAUUCAGAGCACAUUAUCCCUGGAAGGAAGAUCAGCUGUGAUGAAGAUGAUCAUCUGCAUUCUAGCUGCUCUGUUUGCUCUGACUGCAGCAGAUACAUGCGGCUCGGAUACUAAAGAUCUCCUGCUCAAGCUGAAUAAGGAUCUGCUGCGCGCCACCGAAAGCCAGGAGUCUCUUCCCAACCCGAGCAUACACAUCGCACUGCGCCUCUCCCCUCAGCACAACCUGGUCAAAGAGGGCCAGUACCUCGACCAGCUCAAGACCAAGUUCCAUGAGGACAUUCAGAGCACUCUGAACAAGGGACAGCCUGUGGUGGGCCGCCUCGCCCUCUACGUGAUGGCGUUAAAAGCUUCCUGCCAGGAACUGAGAAAUGUAUCACUGUCGACGGGUGAGAAGAGCGAACCUCUGCUCACACACAUGAAGAAACAGAUGGAGUUGGAGAAGGACCACAUUGCAUCGAGCCAUCGUCCCCUGACCAACUACUACCAGUACUCUCUGGGCAUUCUGGCUCUGUGUGUCAGCGGAGUGAGAGUGAGCUCUCAUGUCAGCCACAAGCUCACCCACGCCGCCCUGCACACCCAAUUCGAACACGGUGACUCCGUAUGUGUGGACACCCUUGCAAUGGCAGGCAUGGCUCUGCAGUGUCUGAAAGAUGCUGAAACCCCGGUUAAAAACAAGGAGGAGUUGGAAAAGGCUUUGACCACCAUCAAAAAGAAGCUUCUGGCCUCACAGCGACCCGAUGGCCACUUGGGCAAUGAGUUCAGCACCGGCCUGGCUGUGCAGGCUUUAUUGGCGAUGGGCAACAAAGUAGAUGAGUGCUCUGCGCCUAUGAUGGCUCUGUGGUCUGAUGUUAAAAAAGGUACCUACCACAACCCCAUGGCGAUCUCUCAAACCCUGCCUGCUCUCCAGCAACGCACGUAUCUCCACCUGAAGAACAAGGAAUGUAUUGAUGAAGACGACUCUCUCGAUGUGGAUCCUGUUCCAGUUGUCCCGACCCCGAUGCAUGUUCAUGUGCAGGUGGAGGUGGAGGUGGUAAAAGCAGACGGCUCGUCCUUCACUUAUCAGAUCAACGUUACCAGCGGCGUCUCACUGCUCGACAGUCUCACACUGCUUCAGCAGCAGACGGACUUCAAGUUUGAGACGGAGGACAGUCUGUGGGGGCCGUUCCUUAGUGUAGUGAAUGGAGAACAAGCACGACAGACCGACCGGAGAUACUGGCACCUUGCUUCAGAUGGAAAAGGCCUGAGUCAGGGCAUAAAAGACUAUAAAAUUGAAGCAGCUCAGAAGAUCACCAUCAAGAACACCAGCUACUGAUCUGGGUCCAAAAUGAGACAAGGGAAUCUUUAAUCAGAAUAGUACUAGUUAGUUUUUAGUGCUCAUCUAUCUUUUUAAUGGAUGUUUUAUACAACAGUUAGUUCCAGUCCACUAAUCUGAUUGGUCGAGCAGCGUGUCAGUAGUGCUGAUAUUCAGUAUAACAGCACGGGGACAUGUAAAUGUGUGUAUCACGCUGCGUGGCUGUGUUCGCUACAUAAAAUCCCACUUCUAGGACUAGUUCGUUACACUGAAACUGUUACUACACUUACUACGUACUACUUAGUCAGUCAGUUACCAUGGCGUUACUAUAGCGUUGCCAUGGCAACACGUAACACUCUGUCCAGCUGCGGCUUCUUUGGGAACUAUUUUUGUUGACGGAGCAAAAAUAAACCAAAUAUUUGGCCAUGUUGUGUCAGUUACUCGAUAUUAAUUUCUUGUUUACAAAACUGCUGUAUGAAAGCAGUAUCACACUCGCAGUCGUGCCGUUGUACUGAAUACCUGCGGCCUCGUGCCUACAGCCGAAUCACGGCCGCGCUGAUCGUCACUACAACAGCACGAUUGUGAGCAGGAUAUUGCUUGGUGAUAUGGUGUAAUUUUUCCAUGUAGCAACUUCAACAAUAAAGUAAUUUUAGUAUGUG